AUGUCGGUAGACUUUUCUAAGAACGCAACAGAGAGGCCCGAGCCUUGUAAGGCAGAAAUUAAAGUGCGCUAUGGAGACGCUCUCUUUCCUGUAUCAAUAUCACACUCAAAACCCUCAAACUUUUUACUUUUCAGGGCAAUCACCUUUCUCAACCACACAAUGCCUGACUUCACCGACAAUGGCGCGAGCAACUUCAUCAAGUAUGGAAAUGACUAUUAUGCCACUUCUGAAACCAACUACAUCAGCAAGAUUGAUCCCGUGACCCUGGAAACCCUGGAAAAGGUGGACUACUUGAAGUACCUGCCUGUAAACUUAGCUUCGUGCCAUCCUCACUAUGACAAGGAGGGCAAUGCCUACAACUUUGGAACGUCAAUAGCGACAAAGGGCAAAACUAAAUACGUACUGUUCAAAGUUCCUGCUGUCUCAGACAAAGACAAAGGCAAGAAAGGCCCUGCACUGAAAAAUGUAGAGGUGAUCUGCUCAGUCCCCUGCCGCUCCCUUCUCAUGCCGAGCUACUACCACAGCUUUGGCAUGACAGAUAACUACAUCAUCUUUGUCGAGAUGCCUUUCAAGCUGGACAUCCUCAAGAUGGCUACUGCCUAUAUGAGAGGAGUCAGCUGGGCAAGCUGCCUGAAGUUCUGCCCUGAAGAAAAUACUCUGAUCCACUUGGUAGACAGAAAGACCGGCAAAGAAGUUGAGACAAAGUACUACACAGGAGCGAUGGUCCUCUACCACCAUGUGAAUGCUUUUGAGGACGAUGGCCAUGUGGUCUUUGAUGUCAUUGCCUACACCGACAACAGCCUUUAUGACAUGUUCUACUUGAGCAACUUGAAGGAGAAAUCUCAGUUUGAUGAAAAAAGGUUUUCCAAGCCAAAUUACAAGAGAUUUGCCCUUCCCAUCCACGCUGACAAAAGCGUUCCAGGUGGAGGGAACAUGGUGAAACUCAAGUACACGACAGCCAGCGCCGUGAAGGAGAAAGAAGGCAAAUUCAUGUGCCAAGCAGAGGUGCUCUGUGAAGGCUUCGAAUUGCCCAGAAUCAAUUAUGACAUCAAUGGGAAGAGGCACCAGUUUGUCUAUGGGAACCACGUGGGGGAUUCUGCAGAAGUGGUUGCAAAGUUUGACACGGAAACCAAGAAGAUGGUGUACUGGGGUGAAGACAAGUGCUUGCCGUCAGAGCCGGUGUUCAUCCCCAGACCAAACGGAGAGUCGGAAGAUGAUGGUGUGGUCCUAACAUCCGUCAUCAACUCCAAUCCAGGCCAGUCGAGCUUCAUCCUGAUUCUCGAUGGGAAAACGUUCAAGGAAGUAGCACGAGCCUAUGUGAAUACUGAGCUGAACAAGGACAUGCAUGGAUUUUUCAUUCCACAUUGAAAAUAAAAGUCUAAAAUAAAGAAAGGGAACUGUGCCACAGUAGUACAUGUGGCACAAGCAUGUAUCGUAAGUCAUUUCAUUGUAUUAUCACUGGUAUAUGGUAUAAAGCUAACCUUGUCGUUUAAACAAAACACGUUCUGUAAUGUUACAAUGUUACUAAUAUUACAAGAAUAAAUCCAACCAA